AUGUUUCUGACGUCAUAUCCUGACCUCUUUCAGAAAUUCCAACUCCGUGCCUGUUUUCCGUUGGCGGACUUUGUCCGCGCGUCGUCCAAUCAGGCCAAAGCGCGGCUUUCGACUUCCUUCGCCAUUCAACGCGUAAAGGGUUGGCAAAAUGCCUGUCAUGUAAGAGUCAUUUUUGCGCCCUUUCCAAAAUUUAGACUCCCUUCUAUCACUUUUGCUACAUGGAAGCUCUUCGUUUCAGCAUUUUUGAGGUUUAUAGGCAAUGCCUCUGAAAACCACAUUACGCCUCCUGCAUUCCAAGCAGUCAUGGCCUCUUAAGUCCGCCGGUUUCAGAACAACCAUGACUACACAUGGGUAUCCAUCUCGUUCAAUCUAGAAGUAUAGCGAUAUCUACGGUAAGAAUUCGCGGAACAGGCGCAUUCGAGAAAGCACGAUAUAAAACUCUUGCCCUUUACAGCGACAGUAUUUCCAACCUGAUCAAGCGAUGGUUGUUGUGCUCUACUGAAGAAUUACGAUAAAUAUCAGCUCAUAUUUGACGGUUUUACAGAAGCCACUCCAAGUUAAGGGAGAAGGAUGUCUCACCUACGCAUUCCACCACAUAUUACAAAGAAUACCGGCGAAAACAUGGGAGACCGGGGUGGCCAUUUCUGAUUUGGUAGCCGUGUCAGCCAGUCGUACCCAACCCCAGGUUUGCAUGACCGGAAACUCAAGUCCAGGUUUUUGGUCGUUGAGUGCUGAAUGAUCCAACGCUCCCCCACCGAACCACCGGCUCGUCCUCUCGGUUGCGACUGAGCAUAUUAACCGUGGUGGAAUUGCGAUCCACCUGUAGUUGUGGAUGCAUGCACACCGGACGGGCUCAAAUCCAACUGGCGGUCAGGUCAGUCGAAAACUUGUCUAAAUGGCUUUUAAAAUCGGAAUAAUAAGUUGGGUCUCCCAGACAGUGGAUACUGUUGACCCCAAAAGAGCCGUGCACAAACGACUCAGGCACUGUGCUGCUCGAAGGCAGCUGACAUAUAGUAGUAAAAAUCUGACCUGUUCAAACGAAGUAUUUGACUCGACUCUGCUCUGGUAAUCCCUGGUCAUUUGGUCUCUGCAUUCUGUUAUGCGUUAUCGGACCGUUUUUGUCGCGUUUUUAAGCCAUCUCUUGUCAUAAUUAGAUAGUCUCUUCUGAACUACGACCUCGUUUUCUCAUUUUGACUUUCCAAAUAAAUUCAACCCUCUACGUGUUAGUUACACAUUGCUCAUGUUAUAAAGCGGUGGGGAGCAGUUGGUAUCCGGCAACGAACAUUUUGGUGCCACUAAAUUCCUCUAUUUUUUGUUCAUUUUAAGUUCAUACAGCGCACGAAGUGCUACAUGAAUGCCUUAGAAGGCAGCAUUGCCAAACCGUCAGUGAUCUUGAGUUCACUCCUCAAUUCUCGCCACAAGGGUGUUGGAAAUUCGUCUCUAUACCUAUCUGAUAUUAUCCGGUCAUCGCAAUUAUAAGCAAGACGCAUUUUGCCUGCUUCUCACUUUCGUUUCAGCGUACGGUCAUUUUGCUCGUGGUAGCUUAACGUGAGAUGCCUCCUUCAGGUAGCUAUUACGCGUGACCUUCACAACGCCCUAUACGCACCUACACUGGCUGAUUGAUCCACGUGCCGUUGCAUUUUCCAGUGUUAUCACGCACUGCGCUCACGCAGCCAGGUGGCGCAGCUCACAUCGCCACGAAGUACAAACGCCGUCCCCACGCGGGGGGAACCAUUGUGGGCCGGGCAGCACAAACCAGUAAUAGCCACGGAUGUGGUCCCCUCCCCCCCCCCUCACGGCACAACGAUAUAAAUGUUCACACGUUGCUGCACUCUAGCAGUCUCUGAUGAUGAACUCCUGCUCGGGUUCGAAAGCUAAGGCUAAUAACUACCGUCCCAAUGAUCGUGCCUUCGUCUUCUUUUAAAGAAGCACCUGGGAUGCGCAUAUUCUCUCCUAUUCGUGAAAGUGCCAAAUGUUUGAAAGUUUUUUUUAGAUUUUUUACGCGUGUGCAUUUUGUCUGUGGCAUCUUCAGCCAAACGGACCUCGUUUUUCCGUCUUCCUCGCUGGACCGUCCUUUUCUGGGCUUGCCAUCUGUUACUCAUUCACUGCUGGUCUUACUGUUUUUGCACUUUAUCUUUGUUCCCUUAGUUCCAGCAGCUCUCCCCGACUAAUCUCACAGCCCUGCGUCACUUUGAUCGCUACUACGCCCACGUCUAUGGACUGACCGCAUGGAGCGCUCUUCGGGCUGCCUUGCUAGCGCCCUCUGCCAAGGUGGCGGUGCUCAACUCCGUCUGCCCCGAGGCCGAGAACACUGCGCGCCGACUUCUAUCUCCUGCACACGGCUGUCUGGACCUCAUAAGCAGUCUCAUCUCCUCCUCCUCCUCCUCCUCCUCCUCCUCCUCCUCCUCCUCUUCCCCCUCCAGUGCUACAACUAGCACCCCGCCGCAGGUGGCCGCCACUGAAACACCUUCCGACAAUGGCACCGACAGCGAGAGCCUGCGUCAGCGACAACAACAUCAGUUCCUAGUGGACUCCAGCCUAUCCUCAGACGCGGUCCUAUCGGAGUUUGUGUCACCCACAGAGUUUAUCAGCGAACACAGCCUCUACGUCCGUGACUCCGACCGAGCCUUUACCCUGCGCGGCGCACCCACCGACGCUGAGUCGGCUGACCUUGUUGCCAUCUCCGAAGCAACCGAAAUGGGGUCGCCGGCCUUUUGGCGGUCCUGUAAGCACCUGCGUUGCUUUUGCCUGCCUAAAGGCGUCUACGACACUGUCGGCCGUCCAGCCCUCGGUUCAGGGCGAAGUAUUGGUGCGUGAGUUUAGCGCGUGCGCGCGCACGUGCCAAAAAAUAAGUAAAUGCUGUAGAUGACUGAACCCUUGUCUUGCCUCCUCCUCCUCCUUCAGACUUCUAUCCCAUUGACCUGGGUUCCGUUCUGGCGGUGUUAGCGCUGGACAUUCAGCCUGGAGUGAGACUGCUUGACGUCUGUUCAGCUCCCGGUGGGAAAGCUAUCACUGCUUUGCAGACCCUAAACCUGUGUAAGUGCUGCUUUUCCUAUUCCCUGAAAGUAUAUCCUUCAGCUACCUUCUACAGACCACUCUUCUGGCUUUAGUAACAGAGAUCCGGUUGGCCGCUCCAGUCAUUCUUAUGUAGGCAACCAGCCGACGACGUCAUUGGUCAGCACAAAUAACCAAAUCCGGGAAUUCCGUUACAGAAACCUAAUUUAGCGGUUUUCUGCGUUAAGGGAGAGAACGUUGAUGGGUGAGUAGAGAAGGAAGCAACGGUGGCCCAGUUUCAACUUUCCAUCUGCUCCGUACUACCGUCGUUCAAAGAGGUUAAUAAUCGUACUUUCCGGAGUGUGAAGUCUGAUGCGUACAGCAGGUGCACUAUCUCAUGAAAUGUCAACCGAACUUCUGAAAUGCGUUUUCGUUUCGAAAAGAUUAAUUAGGUAAGGUUGUAAAGCGAAUCAUUGUGCAGUAUAAUUCUAUAAUAGUUAAGUUGCCUCAAAAUGCCGGCUUUCGAAAUAACUUUCCGGUCGCAUGCAAAAGUCACGCUCUGUAAAAAGUGACCACUUGACUAGCAUACAUUUUUCUCAUCGAUUUUCGAUGUCCUUAAAAAGUUUAAUUGUAUUUCAUGGAUGGCAUGCAUAAAAUAUUCAUUUUUUGCUCAUUCAGUGGAAAACUACGUCCUCUUCCAGUUAUAUACUCGAAGGAGGGGUAUAAUUCGGUUUUGAAGAAAUCUCUAAUUGUGAAAUUUUUUAAUACCGUGAAAUGGCCGUUCAUGAAAAGUUAUUUCUCUGCAUUUACCAAGGUGGCUUGUAAAGGUAACAUUAUGACUGAAAUCCACUGCUACAUUUUAUGAAACCCAUAUGGUGUCCUCUUAAUACCGUAGAGAAGCGUAUGGUUUUCCGUACGUGAAAAAUAUACGGCUUGAAGUCUGGAAACCCUGAAUGCAGAUGUAACGGCAGGUCGGGGUUCAGAAUUAUUUGGACAUUGAAAAGAAUUUGGAAAACCGAAUUAUACCCUUCCUUCGAGUAUAAACUUGGAAGAAGACGUAAUUUUCUACCGAAGGAGCAAAAGGAUGAAUAUUUUCUGUAUUUUUUCCGUGAAAUAUAAUUGAAUUUUUAAGAGCAUCGGAAAUCAAUGAGAAAAAUGCAUGCUAAUCAAGUGGUCAUUUUUUACAGUGUGAUUUUUACAUGCAGCCGAAAAGAAUUUCAUUCGAAAGCCGGAAUCCUGAGGUAACUGAAUUAUUAUAGAAUUAUGCGGCUUGAUGAUUGGUGUUACGACCCUAUUUAAUUAAUCUUCGAAACGAAAAGGCAUCUCGAAAUUUCAGUUGACAUUUAAUGAGUUAGCCCACCCACUGUAUAGUAGCAAGUUAUAAAGUUUGUUAUCCAAAUUUCUGUAGCCUAGAAUCAGAAUACCUUCAUAAGGUGUACAUGUGUCUUGUUGAUCACGAAUUUUUUAUACGCCGGUCACCAUAUCCUCAGUACUCCAUGUACCGUCGAAUGAUUUAAAAACAAAUCCUGUAACCGGCCUUCUAAGGGUGGCCGCUUUGGUAUAUGCAAAGUAAUCCGGGCAGUUGCUCUCCCUAUGAACGUUUUGUUGCCUGUUUUUGUCUGCGCGAUCGCUUUGCUCGCUCGUAUGCGCCAACCCUGUUGUGCAAUGCGAAAUGGCAACUUCAGUAGACGGGGCGAAACCCCAUAGUCCUCCGAAAUGGAUGCCAUUGGCAACGCCGCGCAGACACCACAACAGAAACCGCUGUCAGUGUUCACACACACACGCCGAUACGAGGAGACGAAGUUGCGGCAAACCUGUAUGUAGGCAGGCAAAGGGCGUACCUCAUUCGGACAGCAGACUUUUCCCCACAUCUAUUUCGGGGCAUGUGUACGCACAAUGUUGUCCAAAACGCAAAAAUGGCGCAUUUUAAUUCUCCUUACCGCCGACGUCUCCAAAUUACAAAAAAUCCUUUGUUCAUCUGACUGAAGCUCCUCUGACAGCGUUCUUCCAGAGGCCAUUUUCGUUUCGCUAUUUUGAACGUUUGAUGUGGUUUUGUCAUUCUCUAGUCUUCACAAUGAUUCUGCGUAAUUCACUUGUUAACCAGGGCAGCUUUACAAGAAGGCUAGAGUCACGAUGUGCUAGUUUUUUUCCCAAAAAUCUUUUAAAAGCUGAUUGGGUUUCCCCCCUUUUUUGUUGGACGCAGAGAAAAACUCGAGUUUGCACUUGUGGUUUUACGCCCAUGCAGGGCUCCCUAUAAGAUGCCUUUUCCGAACUGGAGUGGGUAUAGAUUGAUCUGAUUGAUGUCUAGCAACGAAAGGUGGUGGAACAGGGAAGUAGGGCCCCCCAUAAUUUCAAGGGGAUCAGGGUGAGGGCGUGGGGCUAGGUACCCCACCUCUUAUACAAGAGAUGCCUGUUUCCUUGUUAUAGCCACCAACAGGCAACCACCUGCCGAGUCACAGGAACUAUAUAGACCAACUUAGAGGGUAAUCGACAAACGAUGAGGGAACUCACCAACAGCAUCGGCUGGGUGUAGUGGUUGGCCGAGGAGGGCUGCAAUUUUCCAAAAACAACUGACCUCUCAGUCUGCCUCUCCUUUUCCAGCUGGUCAUGCAGAAGCUGCACUCUUUAGUGGGCCUCUCUGCUUCAUGAUCGUUCAGAUGCGAGCAUUACGGCGCAAAAUAGCCCUUAAAGCCAUCGUUAUGUAUUGUAACGUCCGCUAGCAGCUGCUUGUUUUUGAUAAAUUUUGUCGCAAUAAGACUGGGGUAUUUUCAGUCUCGACCUUGUUGUCUCGGCUUCGUCCAGUAUUUCUUGAAGGGGUUCGGCCCCAGGCAGAGAUGUGGCUUUUCGGGAAGGCCCUCUGCCAAUAUUCAGCUAACUCUGGGCGAAACCAGUGUUGGAACUGACUGGAUCAGAUUUAUGUAUCAGCCGGAAGGCCCUACGUUUUUGCAUACCUUUUAUUAACUACAGUACAGGCGUACUUUCGGUAGGAAGAUCUGGCUUAAAAUAAUGAUUGAAUCGGUUUUGGGGAAUCGAGAGUGCACAAAACGGUCAUUUAUCUAGUUUGCCAUGAUCAAGAAAGUUUGGCGUUGGAGCCUAGAUGAGAACUGGUGGCAUUCUAUGUGGGAGAGGGGAGGUGGCAUUCGCCGGUCUAUCUACCCCUCGAAAUGGAGUGCGGAUGUUUCCCCUCUCAGUCAAUCAUACUACUACUACUACUACUACUACUACUACUACUACUACUACUACUACUACUACUACUACUACUACUACUACUACUACUACUACUACUACUACUACUACUACUACUACUACUACUACUACUACUACUACUACUACUACUACUACUACUACUACUACUACCGUGAUAAUGGUUUAUUUGGGUUUGCAUCAAAUCGGUUGUCUGGUCAUUGAGAGGGUGAAGGAGUUGUGACUUGAUUUUGAAAGUAAUUUUAUAAUAAAUUCCUUUUAUUCUGAGUCAGCGGGAUGUCAUGUGCGAGUAGGGACCAACCCGUGUGUGCGCCUAGAUCUGGAUUGGGCCUCAUCAACAACUGCUUCUGCAUUCCUCUCCGGUCGUCUUGACUUUGUCCUGCCAUUAGAACAGAGGUUUUUGUGGGUUGCCAGGGUGAACUCCAGUUGGUGACCUAACCCUGGAAGUAGGCCUGAAUUCAACGGGCUCUCUAUUAGCUCAUGGACCGACCCAAUUACGAAUGACGACCUUCAGUCACCUGGAAGCACAACAAGUAUUCAAGGUCAUGUUACCUUGGGCAGAGAUCGCCAUUGUCUGAUAAGAGCAAAGAUGCCGAAAUCAUGCAGCGACUGGGUAAAUAAAGCAUUUUAAUUGCUGCAGCGUCUAAAAAAACCGAUGUUAGUUCAUCUUCGGGUUGAAUAUCCUCUGAAAAUUACUAUAAUGUGCAAUAGGGCAGCAGGAUUAAAUCCUUAAUUUUUAAAAUUUUUCAGAGUGAUAUGCAGGAUUCGACGGUAAAAAGUUUUGUUUGCGCAUUGUCUGAUAUAUGGUUGAAUGGCGCAAGGACUAUUUUGCUUUAUUUCCUGAGCAUAAACGUCGCACAUUCUGACAGACUGGCCAGCAGUGGAAACAUUAAAAUAUGACGACAAAAUGCAGUCAAUAGUACGCCCUUUUCUGCGUGAGAAGUACUGUCCGUUUAUAAAAUUAAAACGAGCUUUUUGACAACGAAUCUGAAGGCCUCUGUGAAAUGUUCAUGAAGACUGUGCGGUCUUUGGUAUCCUCGGUGGGUGGUUUUCAGACGUCUUACCCAUGCAGCUAGCCCUCUGACGUUAUUUUUCCACGAAAAGCAGUUCGCGUCUUAUCCUUAGGCUUACAUAGGCAUGAAACCCAAUCGCCAAAGGAAAUUAUUGUUCUCAACGAAGACCUGCGCUAAAUGUGCUUUUCAUCACAUACAGUAGGUGGGCUAACUCAUGAAAUGUCAACCGAAAUCCCGAAAUGUGUUUUCCUUUCGAAAAGAUUAUUUCAGUAGCGUUGGAGAACUAGUCAUCAAGCGGCACAAUUCAAUAAUAAUUCAGUUACCCCAGGAUGUCGGCUUUCGAACAAACUUCUUUCCGGCUGCAUGCAAAAACCAUAAAAAAUGACUACUUAGAUAGCGUACAUUUUUCUCAUUGAUUUUCGAUGCUCCUAAAAGUCCAAUUAUACUUCACGCAAAACAUACGUAAAAAUGUUCAUUAUUCUGCUUUGUCGGUAGAGAAUGAAGUCUUCUUCCAAUUUUUAUACUUGACGGUUUUCAAAAACUUUUCCAAUUCCCGAAUAAUUUUGAACCCGACCUGCCGUCACACUCGUAUUCAGGACUUCCAAACUACAAACCAUACAUUUUCCACGUACGGAAAACCAUACGUUUCUUUACGGUAUUAAGUGGGCACCAUAUGGGGUCCAUAAAAUUCAGUAGUGGAUUUGGACCAACUUUACGAGCCGCAUUGGUAAUUGCAGAGACAUGACGUUUUAUGAACGGCCAUUUCACGGUAUUAGAAAAUCUUACAAUUAGAAACUUUUUAAAACCUAAUUAUACUCUUCCUUUGAAUUUAAAAUUGGAAGAUGUAAUUAUCUACCGAAUAAGUAAAAGAAUGAAAACCAUUAUGCAUGUUUUCCAUGAAAUAUUACUGCAUUUUCAAGGACAUCGAAAAUCAAUGAGAAAAAUGCAUGCUACCUAAGUAGUCAUUUUUUACGGAGUAUGGUUUUUGCAUGCAGCUGGCAAGAAGUUUGUUCGAAAGCCAGCAUCCUGGGGUAACUGAAUUGUUAUAGAAUUAUGCUGCACGAUGAUUGGUUUUCCAACGCUACUGAAAUAAUCUUUUCGAAACGAAAACACAUUUCGGGAUUUCGGUUGACUUUUCAUGAGUUAGCACACCCACUGUAGGAUAAUAUACAAUGACGUUUAUCCUUAAAAGUGCCUUGCCAAUGUAUUUCGCAGUCAAACACCCAGGCUCCCAUCAUUUGUGAGGGGAGGGAGAGAUUUGAAUCCUUUUGUCCGUUCGGGAUAAUUUUUCUACCGCAGAUGAAAAAUCCCCCUCUGCUCCUUAUUUUAGAGUGUUUUUAAUUGGUUUCUUCCACUUAUAGGCCCCACUGUAUGUUCUUGAGUUUGCUAUGGAUUUGCUUCAUAAACACUGAAUUAUUUAAAUAAGCAAAGGUUGAAAAGCAUGAGGGUUUUAAUUACGUUUCAGAUAAACCGCACAAAUCGACCGGGGCCCUAUUGUCCACUUCGCGGCUUUAUACGCCCCUGGAACUUACGCACGCAUAUACCAAAAGAGGUCAGAAUUAUAAAGAAGGGCUUCUGUUUAUCGGGGAACAUCGUGGUUACUCACCUUCUGUCUCGCUCCAGUCGAGUUUUAAGUUGGCUUACCUUGUCCUAUUUACCCUUUCUCAUUUCAAUUAUUUCCGUCUGCUAGGCUAAUCGCGAUGAAAUACGCAGAUGCUAUCUACGAUAGUUAUUAGCGUAGACGGCAAUCACCGGGCUGUAAAGAAAUGUUUACUUCCACCCAGAAAUAUUACUUUUUUUAUUAAAAUAACUUUGAAACCCAUACGGCGUAAGCAAAAAGACCUUUUGCGUAAGGUGUUCGUCUGUAGUGACACAAAGCGUUUUGCACUUUUAGUCUGUUAGAAAAACGUCUGUUUCUUAACAGUCGUACUCACACCCCCCCCCCACUGCGGGGCUCAUUCGUUUUUUCUCACUUGACUAGUGUCAAUGGUCCGGGGAUAUCCUUCGUUGGAAUCUGGACCCGUCCACAAUCAACGAAAUUAAUAAGUGAACAACAUAGCAUCUGAGACACCUGCAACAGCGGGCCAAUCGCGGGAGAUGCGAUGGAGCGUCACGUGGGACCAGCUUAGGGUACAGCACACCUAAACUGGGCUACGCAGAAUCUGCGCAUCUUAUAGAAAUUGCCACAUAGGGGCCGGUGGUGACACGCCUGGUCGCAGGCUCACGUCACGCCGGCCACUUCAGCCCAAUCCCCGUAUUAGAUGGCUGACCCGCUCAGACAGCGGAAGGGGGGCGAGAUCGAAUUUGGGCAGUGUGACCCCAUGACGCUCAGCGCAUUUGCUCACUUUAAUAGAUCUGACGCGCUUUUAAACUAUCACGAUGCACGGUUUUGAAGGUCUUCAACUGACGGGCUAACUCGGUCCUCUCAAGACCUACAGUCAGGCCGCAGUGGCUUCCUCAUGCGGCGUCUAUGACAGUCAUACUUACAUUGAAUCCGAGCCUCCUCUUGCCUUGUUUCUGUGAAAACCUGGUCCCUCGUACGCGGACUAGGCGUAAUUGGUACUCGUGGACGGGUUGUUGACCAUUGCGUCCGAGCCCGCCUCCGGUCGUUCUGACUGUCUCACGCCACCUGGCCCGAGUGGGUGAGAGAUGAGAGAGUGCAGCAGAUGCUACGCAAGCCCUAACUCACGCGCAAGUCACUGUCCUGCGCCCGCAUCGUUGUGGCACACGAUGAGCAUCGUCAUUCGCGAUGCUCGAACUGACUGGACAUUCUGACCAUCAGAGAGUUCGUCAGCUUGGCUUCCUUCUGCGGAUGCAUCGCAUGUCUCCUCUGCAAUAGUCCACCUCUCUCUCGCAAGUCAUUACUGCAUCCUCGGUACACUGAUGGUCCGCGUUUGCUGGGUGGACAAAGCAGCGCUGUGCAAGUAGUUCAGUGAAAAUUCAUUCGCUGCGGUUAAUCUUCUUUGCUGUGACAGUUCAGUCGCCCCCUCUUUUUUGCAGUCUGAUGGGUCGUGAGGCAACUUUUACCGUUGCCAGGCUCGUGACUGUGGUGAUGAUUGUAGUGGAUCUCACAAUAACGGCACCUGGGGGAGGGGGGCGGUAUUUUUAGUCGUCGCUCUGACUCUACCUCAAGUGUCGCCAUUUGCCUGAGUCGAUUAGACUCGGUGCAUUCCUCUUAUAAAUUUCGUACGCAAGCACCUUGAGGUUUCACACUCAGUGACACUGAUCUUUCUAUUCUCAUAAUCCAGCGCACAUCACUUGCCUGGAUGUCUCCGAGUCUCGCCUCGAACGUCUCAUCCGCGUCCUGGAGAAUUUCGGUCCAGGUGUUGGUGUUGGCCGACCUGGCCUGCCCGACGUUCGCGUUGCCCCCACUUCCAGUCUGCGCCCUCUUCUUCGGAAGGCCGCCAAAGACGCGGCUGAUAGGGAUGAACUCUUUGAUCGGGUUCUCGUUGACGUGCCCUGUUCAACUGAUCGCACAGCGCUGACCUCGGACAAGGGCAGCUUCUUCUCCCGUGGCAAGGCGAAGACCCGGAUGGAGUUGCCCACAGUUCAGAGGAAGCUACUUUGGUACAGUGAGAGUUCCAGCCUUCUUAUUGUCCUCCUGCAUAUAGCAGCACAGUGUUUUGGCUGAUUCUGGCUCAUGAAAUCACCACCUGAACCAAAUGAGUAACACUUCCCCCUCCCUUUCUAUCUUUUCAGGGAAGCUAUGCUGGCCUGUCGUCCGGGCGGCUACGUCGUCUACUCCACAUGUACGUUGUCGCCGGCGCAGAACCAGUCGGUGGUUGAGGCCUGUCUCACUCGACUGGCUCACGCUAAGGCCGACGGUGGUCACCUGUCCAAACUACGCUACGCCUUUGUUGACCCCACGCCAUUCAUCCGCUUGGUCGCUGGGUGUGAGCCGCUGGGUGUAAAUAUCGUGCCCGCCUACGCUUCACUGCCGGUUGAUAGUCAUCUCUGCCACCCUGACCUCGACAUUCCCUCACCUCCUCCACCCCUGGGAUUCUACGUAUUACCUAGGCUCUCAAGUAACUACGGCCCGAGCUUUGUUUGCAAACUCAAACGUCUGGAGUAG